UGGCUUUUAUUAAGAACAUGGGUAAGCAAAAACCAAGAAAAGUAAAUCAAAUAUUCACAACGUUGUGUAGGUCUUUUGUUAGCCAUUGUCUUUUUGCUAGUUGAAUCAACCACCAAAGUAAAUCGAAUGCGUGCCAUCUUAUCCAUCACGAUUUUGUUGACCAUGAUCUGCUACAACAUCAAGACACGCCCUUGUUAUGUCGACAAGAUCAACUUCUUUCGAACUGCUUCAUUCACCUGUAUUCUCUGGACAUCCACCCUAGUCGCUGUCCUGAGCGAUACAAACGCAGCACGAAGUCUAGGUCCUGUCACGGUGAUUUAUAUUAUCAUCGGUGGCUGGGCGUUUAUCGUUCUCUUGUUCCUAUUGAUUUACUUUAUUUACUACACUCAACCUACAAUAAAAACUUGAUUAUUAUGCACAUGAUUUAAACUCACUUCUUCUCCCUUUUCUUUAAUGUCAGAACCUACAAAUCAGCUAGGCACUAGUUCACCUAUUCUCUCUUAUUUUUGCGUCUAUAACCCAUUACUUGGCCCAGACGAAGAAAGCGCACAUGAACAGAUCUUGUAUUAUACAGCCAAGUCAACCGUGACUCCUGAUGUCAAGAUGAAACACGUUGGUCUGGCACAAGCCUUAGUUAAUUUUGCAGCGACAUUUCCAACCUCAAAUCCAGUACAAACUGUUCAUUCUCAAAAGCACCGAAUGGUCUUCUUUCAGCCUGAACCGGGCUUCUGGAUGCACAUGUGCAUCGAGCUUGGCAUCCUUCGAAAACAGAUCAAUUCCAAAGGCAAAGAAAAGCUUGUGACCGAAUACCUCGAUUCCCAACUAAACAAUCGUGCGUUGGAAGGGGUGCUCAAGAUUGGAUAUGAACAGUUCAAGUUAUUGAAUGGUACAUUUGCAUCGAUUCUCUAUGAAAAUGGUGAAUUCAGUCGACAACGCGCUCGUGCCUUAUCACAUAUGAUCGAAGAGUUCUUUGCAGAAUGGAUAUGGAAGUGGGACUUUGAUAGAUUAGAUAUCAUGACAUUUGACGCUGUCUUUAACGGUGUGCCUCUACAGUCAAUACAACGGAACAAUUACUUACGUGUGUACGAGAUCGAACAAGAACUUGAGCGGUUUGGACAUUGUCAUCUCUUCAUUCUCGACUAUUCAACUGGAUCGCUUGUUUACAAGUCAUCUUCGUUAUUGAUACAAGACGUACAGGCCCUAAGAAAGUACGUGAUCAAGAGAGUGGAUAAACAGGUCAAGGCGGAGAAAAUGAAAUUGGAUUAUAUGAAAAAGGAGUCCAAGACAUCUGGACUAAAGUCAAUCACCAAGACAAUGUCACCAGCGCACUUUUUAAAUUACUUUCAAUCGGGUUCAAAGUCAACAGACUCUGUCAGUUCAACCAAUCCGUCCAUAGAAUCUACCGUUACAAAUAAUACUACAAACAGUGAAAGUCAAGGCAUGUUCCUGACCGGCCUUGUCGAAUCAACAGCGAUCGGGAUGAAUGGAGAGGAAAGAAUCGUGACAAAGACAGACUUGGUUCGUGUCUAUCUGUUGAGUAAAGAUAAAGAAGACCAAGAACAAGAAAACAAGUUGUAUGAAUAUUACUUGAUUACAUACAAACAUAAGAGUAAUUUGAUAUGGAAUCUAUUGUUACCCGUCUCGGUAGAAUCUGAAGACCUCAUCACUGACGCCUUGUUCUAUCAUGACUUACAACAAUGCCUAAUUGAUAAAGAUUUAGAAUCAUUGACAACAAAUAUCUUGGAGGAUAUAUCAACGAUGCAAGCAAAAAGCUUCAAUCUUGGUAAACAUUAUAAAUGCUUAUUUUACGACAACACGACGCUCAACAUGAAAUCAACUCUAACAAAAAAGACCAUGACGAAUGAUGUCUUCUUGCAACUGCUCGAAGUCAAAGAUGAUUUUGACAAGGCAAGCUCAAAGGAGAUAUAUACCCGAUCAACUACCAACUAUUGGAUUGCUGGUAACCGAGUGUAUCAUAACGGAUACGACUAUACCGAGUUAUACUUGAUCGCAUCUAAAAAGGAUACUUCUUUAGCAGAAGUAGAAGAAACACUGGGUAAAAUGACAAACAAUUUGGCGGAUGUCAUGCACAUUGAAUAAAUACAAGCCACUUUUUUAAACUUCAAUGACCGCUGUAGGCCCCCUUCCCCCCUUCCCUCUUUCCUCUUUCUCUUUGUCUGUCUUUUUCUUUUUCCCCCUUGUGAUAAUGUUGAGCACUUUUCUGAAAUCAAGUCGUUUCUUAAAUAGUGCUAGAAGCUUUUCUUCUUCUCGUCUAUGUUACUCAGUCUAUGCUCAACACAAUGAGGAUGCACCUAUGCAUGCACUUCAAGCUCGACUUGGACUUGUUUCGAUCGAUUCAAAUGCAUUCAAGAAGGCAUUGACGCACCAAUCCUAUGCAGAACAAGACAACCAUGAAGCUUACAAGUCCAUCGGUAAAUCUUGAUUUUUUUUUUUCUACAAGCUUUUGGUAUUCAUGUACAAACUUAGGCAAACGAGUGACUGGAUUAUU